CUCGGCGAUCGCGUUGCAAGGGCCAGAAGUGUGUUUCGCUGAAUUAGAAUUUAGAAAAACGGAGGGAGUCGGUGACUGAGUAAGAAAGAGACAGGAAUAGAGAGGGAGAGAGAGAGAGGGAGAGGGUGAGUGUUUGCGCGUGCGUGUGUUUGAAGGUCGAAGAUGCUCCGCAAAUGUGGAGGGAGAUCGGAGACAGAGAAACGGGCAAAAUUCGCCCAAAUUUGUUCGCGAAUCGUAUUAAGUGGAAUCGAACCGAGAGGCUCCAAUUGUCCAAUCACAAAGACAUUGUUUCACCUCACAAAGGCUCCAUAAAUUCACUUCAGGUUGAUUUGACAGAGGGUAGGUAUUUGUUAUCGGGAGCGUCGGAUGCAUCGGCAGCAAUUUUUGAUAUUCAGCGUGCAACGGAGUACGAAGGAGGUGGUGUAAUUGCGAAGCACAAGUGCAUUUUCUCAGUUGACAAACAGCAUGAGGGUGGUCAUAGAUAUUCCAUAUCUUCCGCCAUUUGGUAUCCUAUUGACACGGGACUAUUUAUCACCGGUUCAUAUGACCAUCACAUUAACGUUUGGGAUACAAAUACCACGCAGGUAGUGGUGAACUUCAAAAUGCCAGGAAAGGUUUAUAGGACUGCCAUGUCGUCUUUAGCAACAUCUCACAUGCUAAUUGCAGCUGGAACUGAAGAUGUUCAAGUUCGCCUGUGUGAUAUUGCUUCUGGGGCAUUUGCUCACACACUCUCUGGUCACCGUGAUGGUGUAAUGACUGUAGAAUGGUCUACUUCAAGUGAGUGGGUUUUGGUUACAGGGGGAUGUGAUGGUGCAAUAAGAUUUUGGGACAUCAGACGUGCUGGAUGUUUUCUUGUUUUAGAUCAGUCCCUAUCUCAGCUUGGGAGGCGCCCACCUAUCCUGGAACGGUCUGCCACUACUAAGGUUUCUACAACAAAGUCCUUGUUAACAAGCCCAAGUUCAUUGACAAAAGCACGAGCAUCACAAAAGAAGCUUGCUAAUGGAAGUGGUAUGAAACAGUCAUCUAUUUGUAAAUUUCCAGCAAAGGGACCUAUGAGGCAGAGAUUACAUCCAGGGAUGUUGUCUAGUCAGGAUCGCGCCACUGCCCAUUAUGGUGCAGUCACUGGGUUAAAAGUUACUGAAGACGGCAUGUAUCUUCUGAGUGCAGGUUCUGAUUCAAGAUUGAGGCUGUGGGAUGUUGCAUCUGGUUGCAAUACUCUGGUGAACUUUGAAACUGUGCGCCUGCAGAGCAGCAAGCCAAUACAGUUAGCUACAACUCAGAGUUCAGACCUCAUUUUUGUUCCAUGCAUGACCACUGUGAAGGCAUUUGAUGUGUGGUCAGGUAAGACAUCCCUGACAUUUCGUGGCCACUAUGAAUGUGUGAACUGCUGCUGGUUUAAUUUCCAGGAUCAGGAAUUAUACACUGGUGGGAAUGAUAGACAAAUUCUCGUUUGGUCACCAUCGCAAUUGAUUUUUGAUGAAGUGGAUGGACCUGCACAUGAUCAGGACAAUUGGAGCGACUGAUACUGUUGAAGUUCAACUCGAAGUUUAUUGGAGCAAAUAACAUGAGCAUUGAACUAAGCGUCUCAACUGCAAGAAUGCCCUUGCUUUUGGAGGUUAAAAAUUUUAGAUUGUUGCUUUAGAUUAUCUGUCAGAAAAUUAAGCUAGUUGUACUGCAAAAUCUUAUAGAUUUGCAAUAAUCAUAAUUUUCCUUCCGGUUUGUUAUUACA